AUAGGCGUGCGUGUUCUCGUUGAACUAUACUUUUCAGCGCAUCUUUUAUUUUUCAUUUUCACCCGUCGGUACGGACGUCCACGUUCAUCCAUUCUCCCCCGCUCUGUUAUCACAUCAGGGAGGUUUGAGUACCUGAUCUUCUUCAAAUCGAGCUCCACUUCGUUGCGCGGAGCUGCAAUGGCGAAAUCGAGCGCCGACGACGCCGAGCUUCGGCGAGCCUGCGAGGCCGCUAUCGAGGGCACCAAGCAGAAAAUCGUCAUGUCGAUCCGUGUGGCCAAGAGCCGCGGGGCCUGGGGCAAAUCUGCCAAAUUAGGGCGUCACAUGGCCAAACCUAGGGUUCUGGCUCUUUCCACAAAAUCAAAAGGACAACGGACAAAAGCUUUUCUUCGUGUCUUAAAAUAUUCUACUGGAGGAGUUCUUGAGCCAGCAAAAUUAUACAAGCUGAAGCAUCUUUCAAAGGUAGAGGUUAUAGCAAAUGAUCCCAGUGGGUGUACUUUUAUGCUGGGAUUUGAUAAUCUCAGAAGCCAGAGUGUUGCACCACCUCAGUGGACAAUGCGCAAUAUUGAUGACAGGAAUCGUCUUCUGCUAUGUAUCUUAAAUAUUUGCAAAGACAUACUGGGUCGCCUUCCGAAAGUUGUUGGUAUAGAUGUUGUGGAGAUGGCUCUUUGGGCAAAGGAAAAUACAACCACAGUUAGUAGUCAAGGUGGAGAUAUUCAAGAAGGACCUGUUGCAACCACGGUGACAGAAAAUGACUUGAAAGUAACUGUUGAAAAAGAACUUGUGUCCCAAGCUGAAGAAGAGGAUAUGGAGGCUCUUUUGGGCACUUAUGUAAUGGGAAUUGGUGAAGCAGAGGCAUUUUCUGAAAGAUUGAAGCGAGAACUUCUUGCUUUGGAGGCAGCUAAUGUUCAUGCCAUUUUGGAAAAUGAACCCUUGAUAGAAGAGGUGUUGCAAGGGCUUGAGUCAGCCACAAAUUGUGUUGAUGAUAUGGAUGAAUGGUUAGGCAUUUUCAAUGUGAAGCUUAGACACAUGAGAGAGGAUAUUGAGUCAAUUGAAACCCGCAAUAACAAGCUGGAGUUGCAGUCUGUAAAUAAUAAAGCUCUCAUUGAAGAAUUAGAUAAACUUAAUGAGCGUUUGCGUGUUCCAUCUGAGUAUGCAGGCUGUCUAACAGGGGGUGCAUUUGAUGAAGGACGCAUGCUUCAAAAUAUUGAAGCAUGUGAGUGGUUAACCAGUGCUUUACGUGGUCUUGAAGUACCUAAUUUGGAUUCCAGCUAUGCAAACAUAAGAGCUGUUAAAGAGAAGCGCACAGAACUUGAAAAACUAAAAAGUACAUUUGUUCGAAGAGCAUCAGAGUUCUUGAGAAAUUAUUUUUCUAGUUUGGUUGAUUUCAUGAUAAGUGACAAGAGCUACUUCUCUCAGCGAGGACAGUUGAAGAGGCCUGAUCACGCUGAUCUACGGUACAAAUGCAGGACAUAUGCUCGUCUUUUGCAGCAUUUAAAGACUCUUGAUAAGAACUGCUUGGCUCCAUUGAGGAAAGCUUAUUGUGUUUCCCUUAACUUUCUUCUUCGCCGUGAGGCUCGUGAGUUUGCUAAUGAACUUCGUGCUAGUACCAAAGCAUCAAGAAAUCCAACUGUCUGGCUUGAAGCGUCCGCUGGUUCUGGUCAAAAUGUUAAUAAUACGGACACUUCUACAGUUUCUGAGGCUUAUGCCAAGAUGCUGACAAUUUUUAUUCCACUGCUCGUAGAUGAGAGUUCCUUUUUUGCUCAUUUUAUGUGCUUUGAAGUUCCUGCACUAGCUCCACCAGGAGGUCUUGCCAAUGGUAACAAAAACGGAUCCAAUGAUGAUGACAGCAAUGACGAUGACUUGGGCAUUAUGGACAUUGAUGAGAAUGACAGCAAACCUGGUAAAAAUUCUGCAGAGCUGGCCGCAUUAAACGAAUGUCUCCAGGAAUUACUUAAUGGAAUUCAAGAAGACUUUUAUGCCGUAGUGGAUUGGGCGUAUAAGAUUGAUCCUUUGCGUUGCAUAUCAAUGCAUGGAAUUACAGAACGCUAUCUUUCUGGUCAGAAAGCUGAUGCAGCUGGAUUUGUGCGCCUCUUGCUUGGUGACCUUGAAUCAAGGAUUUCUAUUCAGUUCAGUCGUUUUGUUGAUGAGGCUUGUCACCAUAUUGAAAGAAAUGAACGGAAUGUUCGUCAGAUGGGUGUCUUAUCAUAUAUCCCAAGAUUUGCAACUCUUGCAACCCGAAUGGAACAGUACAUCCAGGGACAAUCCAGGGAUUUGGUUGAUCAAGCAUACACGAAAUUUGUUAGCAUAAUGUUUGUUACGUUGGAGAAAAUUGCUCAAACUGACCCAAAAUAUGCUGAUAUAUUGCUUUUAGAGAAUUAUGCAGCAUUUCAGAAUAGUUUGUAUGACCUAGCUAAUGUUGUGCCGACUUUAGCCAAAUUCUAUCACCAGGCAAGCGAAGCUUAUGAACAAGCUUGCACACGGCAUAUCAGCAUGAUAAUAUACUAUCAAUUUGAACGGCUUUUCCAAUUUGCUCGAAAAAUUGAAGAUUUGAUGUACACAAUUACACCAGAGGAAAUUCCUUUCCAAAUCGGAUUAUCAAAAAUGGAUCUCCGGAAGAUGUUAAAAUCCAGUUUAUCUGGGGUCGACAAGUCAAUUGCUGCAAUGUAUAAGAGAUUGCAGAAGAACUUAACUUCAGAAGAACUUUUGCCUUCAUUAUGGGAUAAAUGCAAGAAGGAGUUUCUGGACAAGUAUGAUAGCUUUGCGCAGCUUGUUGCUAAGAUCUACCCUACGGAGAAUAUCCCAUCUGUAGCUGAAAUGAGAGAUCUUCUGGCUUCCAUGUAGAGCGUAUAAUUUUGAAAUUUUCAUUGUAGGUUAGGUUGUAAUCAUUUUUUUUAUGUUUUUUUUGUGCCUUCAAUUUUCCCUAUAGCUUGAUUUGUUGCACAGCUUCAAAUUUUAGUAACUUGGGGUGAAUAAACCCCAUGUUUGUACCAUGUAGAAUCUUUAAAAAGAUAAAUUAAGUGUUUAUGGUCAAA